AUGGGUUGUGGAAGCUCGACGGCGGCAGUGGUUCGGUCGUCGUCCGCCAACGCGCCGACGCAUCCCGUCCCUGAGCCAGGUCACAGCAACUCCGCCUCCAUGCCAGUGCAGUCAUCCCAGGCGUCUGCGGCGGCUGUUAUAGAUGCCGAGACCGAUGUUGCAGCGUUGCCAUCGUCUGGGCUGUCAAAGCACCGUGAGGACACGCACAGCACAGCUCAGAGUAGCACAACCACUUUUGACGCGUCGGCCUUGCCAGACGACGCUACCCUGGGCAUGAAUCGCACCAUCUCUUCAACGACCGUUGACGCCAUUGUGUGCGAUGAGGCCGAUGACCUCAUUCGCCCCGUCGUGGAUGCGAGUCAACCACGACUGGACACCGACGCCACGAUGGACUCGGACGCAAACGCGGCACCCCAGACUCCCGAAGCUGUUGUCACGAAAGAGCAGCGUGAUGCCACACCGACGAUUCAUGCGUAUGCUGAGGGCAAUGUAAAGGGUGAUGACGAUCGCCAGCACGAAGCAGCGGAUGCGAACGAACGAUCAAUGAUAGAGAGCGACAAUCCGCUCGAGACCACUUUUAUCCUCGAGUCAAGCUCGACCUUGCGUGCUUCUACCCCGAAGCGAUCUAGUGCCCUGGCCGACCCACUCACAACUGAUGGGGAUGAGACUAACCAGGCAGCAGCUCAUGAUUUAAUGACCCUGCAAACCUUGCCCUUGGAUGACGAUGGCCAGCUUUCUGAUCCCGAGACAGACCGCCCGGCACCCGACAGCGGCCUGUCCCGCACCGCCAGCUCCGACUCGUUGGCCAACUUCCGGCUCCAGGUCGACGUGGGUGGCUCCCUCGGCCGGCAUGACCCGCCCGUGGUUGCUGGAAAGCAAUCCGAUGAAGGGGAGGACGCAGACCAGACCAAUGGACUGGUGGACGAUGCUGAGCUUGACCGUCUCCUCUUGCUGGAGCAAGAGGCUGACCUCGCCGAUGCCGACGAGUUGAGCAACUGGUAG